AUUCGCCUGGAGUCGAAAGUUAGACAACUGAAUACCAAGAUCGUGGAGGUGGAAUCAGAAUGUAAUAAAGUUAUUACUACCCAGAGAAAGCGAAUAGAAGUUUUAGAGACUGAGGUGAGCAAUAUGUCAACUAUUCUUGACCAGAUCUUACUAUCGAUAAAUGUACCCAAGUCACCUACUAAGCCGGUAAUUGGGCCUAAUAAUAACAGUGUAUUGGAAACCGAGAGUACUCCUGAAAAGUCGGUCAACCCAUUGAGUACAGACACAAACAUUGUAAUUAUUGCAGAUAAGUCCCCUAAGGAAUUUGUCACUCAAACGGGGUCAAUAAUUGGUGCUAAACAUCAAAAUGUAAACAAAGCCAGUCCGGCGGACGACGAGACACGAACGGAACCUGUUCAGUUCGUACCUACAUACAGUACGGCCGUCAAACUUGGCACCAACGCUCCUGCUGUUAAACGGCACGCUGAGCCACCCACGCGGCCCCAUCUCAACAAGGCUACCUCAUUUCCGAAAUCUGCUAGGAAUACUACAAAGCCCCUCAGUGGCCUGAAAUUUGAGCGAUCGAGGACACUCUACGUCAGCAACAUUCGAAUGGAUUUCGAUGACACUGACACAGAUAUUGAGGAUCGUGUUAAGCGCCAUGUGUCUUCCUUCAAUGUAAAUAUCGUCAAAAUCAAUGUCAUUCAUAACCGCUUCAACAAGUUCAGAGUUGGAUGUAAAAUCGAUGUGCCGGAAUCGAAUGUUGAUGAUGCCAUGGAUAGUGAAAAUUGGCCUGAUCCAAUCGAAGUACGUAUCUGGACCCGUUUCAAGAAUCGCGGUCAAUACACGGACAGCCGUCCACGAUAUGAUCAGCACCAGCGAGAUGGAGCUACGCGUACUGAACCAGGAGCUACAGUAAAUCGUAACAACCGCUAUCCUCGUGAUAAUUACCGCCAAAACUCUGAUGAUCAUGACUAUCACUCGUAUCCACGUCCUGAUUAUGACUGCGACAGCAAUGGCGAUUGCUACGACGACGAUGAUCGUCAGCCUGUGGAUCGCAAUGGUGUACGUAACUCUUAUGACAAUGACAACACACGUUAUUCACGAGUCGGGGGUACUUAUAAUGACUAUGAUGAAGAUGCAUGGGAUCACCGUCUGCAAGACAAUAGUCACAAAUAUUUCACACGAUACCCCGUGAGCACGGAGUACACUGACCAUUCUUAAUCUUCAUUAACUCCGAACUGUA